UCAUUGGUUACUGGAACAGCUCGGCAGAUCUGAUGAAUUAUAAAUGCUGUGUAGUCAAUCAAGAACAUCACAGAAAAGUUAGUUUCUCUGAAAAGAACAAUUAGCUUUCAAUAGAUCGAUUUUCUCCACUAUGUCGAAAGUUCCGUAUCGAUGGGUAAAAAGAUUUAAAGUAAAGAAUCAAGCUGUCCGUGAGUUCCUGGCAGAAUUUUUCGGCACUUUUAUACUGAUUCUUUUUCUUGAUGCAUCAUUAGCUCAGACAGUACUCGAUGGUCGUGGAGUUAGUGACAUAUUUGGUGUUGUGUUUGUCUCCGGGGUUGGAGUAAUGAUGGGAGUUGCUACUUCAAUGGGGGUUUCAGGUGGUCACAUUAAUCCUGCGGUUACAACAGCUUUUGCUUCCUUAGGCAAGUUUCCUUGGAGGAAAGUUCCUCAUUACUUGGCUGCUCAGCAUCUUGGAGGAUUUGUGGCUUCUGCUGUAAUUUACUUUAACUAUAUUGAUGCUUUAAACUGGUUCGACGGCGGCAACAGGACAGUUGUUGGACCAACGGGCACUGGUUACAUCUGGGCUACUUAUCCAAAGGACCAUAUUUCUAUUGCGAAUUGUUUUCUUGACCAGAUUGUGGGAACUGGAAUAGUAAUGUUCUCAAUCUUAGCUGUAGUUGACAAGAGAAAUAUCAAGUUUCCGAUGUGGGGAGCUGCGAUCACCAUUGGUUUAAUGAUUGCAUCUGUGGCUAUGGCUUAUGGUACUAACUGUAUGGCCGCUUUAAAUCCAGCUCGUGAUUUUGCUACGCGAACAUUCACCGCUGUUGCUGGUUGGGGCUCAGCACCCUUCAGUUAUCGUAACUACAACUACUGGUGGAUCGGUUUGGUUGGGCCCCAUCUAGGCGCUAUGGUUGGAGGAUGGUUGUACUAUUUAGGUGUCGAACUUCACUGGCCUGAUGAUGAAGAUGAGGCAACAGAGAAAGAGCUGAAAGAACUGGUGGACAACGAUGACAAUGUUAAAAAAGACAAGACUGCUGUUUAACAACGCUGAAGCUUAACUUUGAAAGACGAAAAUUAUGGGGAUUGAUAUCCAGAAGAUUCUACGUACUCUACUUACUGGAAGAAUUCUCAGCACCCUAAAUAUUUUACGGCACAGAAAGAAAUAAUGAAAUAUUAAUAUGGCGUACAGCAUAUUCACGGAAAACAAAAUUUGUAUACGCUAUGACUCUCGAUAUUUACAUCGUUAAUGUAUAAUAAUCCAAUUUAUUGUUUAUUUCAUUGUUUUGCUUGUUUGUUAUCAAACGUAAAAGCAUUUUGUGCUUAAUUAGUUAACGAAAAGCAUAGAUGUUAUUUACAUGUAUUACGACUUCAAUCAUGCUUAUGUCUACCUACUUACUGUACAACUGAAAAAUAGCAUUUAAAGUUAUGAUAUUUAACGUUAAAACCCCAAGAACAUAUAUAUAUAUACCGAAAAGGUAGACUCUCGUUUAUUCGAAAGACUUCAUAUGAAACUUUUAUGAAAGUUGACAAAACACCUGUACUGCAUCUUUUUCUCGUCUUUUAUAAAUUAAUAUUACAAUAAACUUCUUUUAUGUAACUUGUAUAGCGUGUAUUAAAGUUAAUUCAUUUGACGUGAAAAGUAAAAACUCAUAUGAAAAUAGAGUCAUCUCUGAAAAUUUAAAUGUUUGCUUAUUUUGAUUUAUUAGUUUUACUUAUAAACAAUUAAUUACGAUUAUUUUUAGAGCUCUACACAUUUGAAAGUAGCAUGUAAGCAUUGUUACCGGGACAUCUAACGUUAGAACAGCAUUGUUUAUUUCUGUAAAAGUUGACCUGUAAGCAUUGUUACCGGGACAUCUAACGUUAGAACAGUAUUGUUUAUUUCUGUAAAAGUUGACCUCUAUUGUUUUUUAAUGAACAAUAACUUACAAUGGUGUUUCAAUUAAUUGAUAUCAGUUGAGUUAAAGCGUUUCCAUGUCGUCGAAAUGUUUUAUUGAGUUUCUUGAUGUUUUAGGGAUAGUAUUGUCUAAAGUCUGACAGUACAAGCAGAAGAAACUAAUUUUGAAUCAUAAUUUGUGUUUUACCUCUUGUCAGAUUCGAAACCGAUUAAAUGUGGCUGGCUAUACUAUUUUAAUAAUAAAAAAUAUCUUUUAGGCAGUU